AUGAGUGGUGCUAGUGCUGCAAUCGCUGAUGACUUGCUGCAGUCGAUUACCGGAGUGGUGAAUCUAUGGCUCGCAGGUAAAUGCCCUCCAAUCCUUGGUGAAAUUGUAGCCAGUGCACCAUUGACACCACUGCUCAAACCUGGUGGUGGUUUGAGACCCAUUGCGGUGGGUACCAUAUGUCGCAGAUUAUGUUCCAAAUUGGCAGCCAACUCAUUUUGUAAGGACCUGGAUUCUUACCUUGGAAAUUGCCAAUAUGGCAUUGGCAUUCCGUGCGGCGGGGAGGGGAUUUUACACUCUGCAAAUAGAUUGCUUGAUUUGCAUGGAUCCGAUAACACAAAAUCUAUGUUGCUAAUAGAUUUUUCGAACGCUUUCAAUCUUGUCGAUCGGUCCACUAUCAUCAGGGAGGUACGUGCACACUGUCCUAGCAUUUCACAUUGGGUGGAAUUUUGCUAUAUGAAACCCGCCAGGCUAUACUAUCGAGAUCACAUUCUCUCCUCGACACAAGGUAUGCAGCAUGGCGACCCUCUCGGUCCCCUAUUAUUUGCCUUGGCUUUACACCCGCUCGUCGAGAAGAUUGCAACUAACUGUACUCUAGAUUUCCAUGCCUGGUAUCUGGACGACGACACCAUAGCAGGGGACACUAUGGAAGUAUCCAAAGCUCUGAAGAUUCUUCAAGACGAUGGACCAGGCUACGGGUUGCAUCUGAAUAUUUCGAAGACGAAGUUAUUUUGGCCUUCUUAUGAUCUGAGAAGGGAUGCUGAUAAUGCUUUUCCUGCGAAUAUUGGUAAGCCUAAGGAUGGUGUGAAAUUGCUUGGUGGACCAGUCAGCCUAGAUACGAACUUCUGCAGCAAUAUAGUGAUGCAUAGGGUAGAUAAAACCAUUCGGCUUAUGGACAAGAUUCAAGAGUUGCAUGAUCCUCAAUGUGAACUCUUGCUUUUACGCAGUUGUACUGGAGUAUCGAGGUUAUAUUUUUCCCUGCGCACCACCUGCCCCAAGGCGCUACAGACUGUUGCUGAUCGCUUUGAUGAUUAUCUCAUGCAAUAUCUUCGUCGCCUUGUGGUCGGAGAUGGGGCUGGUUUUGGCUUAGUCCAGCAAAGACUAUCCACUCUCCCCAUCAAAGAUGGAGGUAUUGGUAUACUUACUAUGUCAGAUACUAUGAAGUACUGCUACCUUGCAUCUCAGGCACAGACCCAGCAUUUGCAGAAUUCUAUUUUGAAGUUGCCUAUAACAGCUGACCUAUGUCCUGGUUUUCAUAGUGUAUUACAGGGUUUCACGCAAGCUUGUGGGAUUUCCUCUCCGGAUUUCAACAUUAAAGAUACCGCCCCCCAAUACAUGAAGUCUUUGGAGGCUAUCUACUUUGGUGCAGUUCGGGAAAAGGUACCCUCUAGCUUCUCUUUAUCUUCGUGUGAGGCUACUGUUUGGCAAUGCAAUAGAGCAUACCAUGCUAUGGACUUCCUUAAGGCAAUUCCUAUACCUUGCCUUAAUCAGGCUGUUGGGCCUAGGAAGUUUAGCUAUGUCCUACAAUACCGUUUGGCCAUACGCCUUUUUGAGGAAGACAACAAGUGUUCCUGUUGUGGCAAGAUUAUGGAUAUCUUUGGCGACCACGCCAUUCAUUUCGCUAGCGAGGUUGGGCUUACAUUCAGACAUGAUUUAGUAAAAGAUAUCUUGGCAGAUAUGUGUUAUAGGGCCGGUGUUGUAGCUAGAAAAGAGGUCUCUUUGUCAUCAACAACAAGGAUCUUCGACCAGCGGAUAUCAUGGUUUAUAAUUAGGAAGAUGGUAGAGAUGUUUGUCUUGAUGUCACAGGAGUCUCUCCAUUCACUAAUGCUAGAACUCGCAACUUCAUACCAGGUCAUGCCAUUUCUGCAGAUAUCACCCGCAAGAACAAUAAAUACUUGGAUGCUUGCACUUCACUCGGUUAUGGUUUUGGUGUGUUGGCCUUUUCCACUUUUGGUGAGCUUGGUACGGAUUUUUUAA